GAGGAGCCGGGACGAGAGACAGAACAGUAGAGAGCUGUCAGGCUGCGAGGAGGCAGCAGAGAGACGACUCACUCAUUUUCUUGGAGUACGUUUUGCCUCCAUCUCUGACGCGUGCGUGCACAGAUAGCAUCGCGGACACAAAGAUGGUAAAGUUUGAGUGUGAGUGCUACUUCUUACCUUCCUGUGAAAAACUGUGAAUCAUUUUAAGGAUCUGGACUUAAGCCUGACACACUUGGACAUCACUGGGACUUCACAGUUUACUUUGGCAGGCAGUUUAGCCCUUUCUCUGAGUUCUACACUGAGUUAGUGUGUCAGUUGCCAGAAUUCAGUACAUUUGAAGCUGGACUUGGACUCCCCGUGUGCGAUGAGGAGAAGGAUGCAAUUACUGGUGGUGGUCCUGCUAGCCCACCUCGGUGCCACCUUGACAGGAGCGUGGAGAGCAUCUCAACCCAGACUGCAGUUCACACACCCUGAGCUGAUCCAGAAUGGCCGGCUGCUCACGCUACCCCUGAUGGCGGGAGACCUGCACUCCCUGCUGCCCGAUGAAGACAGGAGACGUCUUUAUGUGGCCAUGAAAGAUGGCCUUCUGUCUACCAGUAUGGAUGACAUAACGCAAAACCCACGCAAGCUGUAUUGGCCAGCCAGUCCGGACCGCGUCCAAGAAUGUCUCAUGGCUGGGAAGGAUCCAGAGCUGGAGUGUGCAAACUUCCUGCGUGUUCUGCAGCCUUUUAACCAGACUCACCUAUAUGUGUGCGGCACCGGGGCCUUCAACCCCCGCUGCGCUUUCAUAGCCACCAGCGUCUUCCAUCAGUCAGAGCAUCAGACUCUCUCCUACGGCCAGACAGAGUGCGGGAAAGGCAAAUGUCCCUACGAUCCAUUCCAGAAAACGGCCUCUGCAGUCGUUGAUGGAGAGCUGUAUGCCGGCAUCACCUCAGACUUCAUGAGCCGGGACUCUGCCUUUUUCCGUAGUCUUGGCAACCGUCGUGUUAUCCGCACUGAGCAGUACGAUUCCACCUGGCUGCAGGAUGCCCAGUUCGUGCGGGUAGCGCCGUUGUCUGAAACUGAUAAUCCAGAAGAUGAUAAGGUUUACGUUUUCUUCACCGAGCGCGCUCAGGAGGCGGAAGGUGCUGCUGGGAAGGUGCUCUACUCCAGAGUGGCACGUGUGUGCAAGAACGACAUCGGAGGCCAGAGGAGUUUAGUUAAUAAGUGGAGCACUUUCCAGAAGGCUCGAAUGGUCUGUUCAGUCCCAGGACCAGAUGGCUUACAGACACAUUUCGACCAGCUCCAGGACAUCUUCAUCCUCCAGGGGAAAGACAAGAAGAAUCCUCUCAUCUACGGCCUGUUUACCACUUCAAGUGAUAUCCUGAACGGUUCAGCGGUGUGUGUUUACCGAAUGGAGGAUGUGGUUCGAGCCUUUAAAGGGAACUUCCUGCAUAAGGAAGGGCCUCAGUAUAAAUGGGCAGAAUUUACAGGCAAGGUGCCCUAUCCACGGCCAGGAACAUGUCCGAGCAGUACAUAUGGAAGCUAUAGCUCGACCAGAGAGUAUCCCGACGACGUCAUUUUCUUCAGCAGAACUCAUCCGCUGCUGCAGGAAAAUGUCCUGCCGCUUGGAGAGCGACCCCUCCUGGUCAGGGUGGGUGUUCAUUACAAGUUCACCAAACUGCUGGUGGACAGAGUGGAGGCUGUCGAUGGCACCUACGACGUCCUGUUCAUCGGUACAGACUCAGGACUCGUUAUGAAAGCAAUCCAUCUGCACAGGGAGCACGGCCAGAGUCAGGAGAUCACUCUGGAGCAGAUGCAGGUGUUUCAGCACAAAUCACCGGUGACAGCCAUGGCACUCUCAAAGAAAAAGCAGUGGUUGUUUGUGGGCUCCAAGGAGGGUGUGUCUCAGCUGGCCCUUUACCAGUGUGAGCUGUACGGUCAGGCCUGCGCUGAGUGCUGCCUGGCCAGGGACCCCUACUGCACCUGGGACGGACAUGCUUGCAGCCCCUAUAUGCCGACCGUGCGCAGGAGGAAUGCUCGUCAUUUAGGAGAGGAUGAGGAUCCACUGACUCAGUGUGUCAGACAGGGGGCCGGACUGCAGGUGGAGGCAGAACAGAGGGUGAUGAUGGUGGCAGAGGGUAACAGCACCUACCUGGAGUGUUUGCCUAGAUCCAGACAUGCUGCAGUGACCUGGUACAAACAGGCUGGAGAGAACAGCGCUGAACUAAACCAGGUGAUAACUGGUGACCAGCUGGUGGUGAUCGAGCGGGGUGUCCUGAUUCGUCGAGCCGAGCUGUCUCACGGCGGGGUCUACCACUGCCAGGUGGAGGAGCACGGCUACCACUGGACUGCGGUCACUGUGCGCCUCGCUGUUUGGAGCCCCUCUGCCAAUCGCCUCCUGGCUUCCUGGUCGGCCUCGUCCUAUCAGAGCGCCGGAACCCAGCCGUGGUACGAGAACGUGAUGGCACUGAUUCACCCCGGAAACCUUGGCCAGCACUGCAAGGCUCUGGGAUACCGCCCUCCACGCAACCACCAUCGCCAUGGUGACACAAAGGCGGAGCCACACAAGGAGAAAGAGAGGCACAAGCAUGGCGGGGGAAGAGGAGGAGGAGGAGGCGGCGGAGGAAGAGCAGCGGGGAGGAAGAGCAGGAGCAAGCCGCAGCAGAGGGCGCCGAGGAGUGCUUGAAUGCGUGCACGAGCGGGAAGGCAGAUUUUCAGUGACUUCAACAACUACACAAACACGCAAACACACACACACACAAAUGCACACAUGUACACAUACACAGUUAACUUAUACACUGAGACACACACAUACUGUAUGUACAGAGACUACUUCAUGCGCAUGCACUUAUCUACAAACAAACAUGGCGUCCUUUCAUUAUAGAGACAAACAAGCUAAGCUACACACGAGUGACUGAAGUAUGUACAGGAUCUGGACAGCGAGGACUGUUUCACCGGGACAAACGACUGUAUGAAUGAAAAGGCUUAGGUUGCAUCGCAUGUUGAAUGAAGGAUAAAUGGCAUGCCUAAAUCCCUAAGUUUGACUGACUCUGAGUCAUGACAAGGACAUUUGAUUGGAUUCUUUAGAUUUGGACGCUCUACAGAGAGAGAGAAAAAAAAUAAAAACAAAAAUCCGAGUCUCGUUCCAGAAGUCGAUUUUAAGCAUUUGGAAAAAUCAUCCAAACCGUCUGUCCCGAAAAGGACCAUACUUGUGGUUUUGCAUGUUUUUGCCCAUUAAUUAGGAAUCACAGCUAUCCCUCAAAACAGAGCAGAUGUUUUUUAGAUUGAUUUCCUACCUUCCAGGCAAAAAACUGCUUUCCAUUUAUUUUGUGAUGUGGAAAGAGAGACAUUUUUUUUUCAAAGUCAUGUUCUUGAAGUUGAAGAAGUACUUUUUUCCCCAAGUACUUUGCAAAACAAUUAUUGCGCUUCAAUUUCAAGGACACUCUUUCCUCUGGCAUACAGGAAUAAAUUUUCAAACUGCUUCUUUGUUGUUGGAAAGAGAACAGAAGUUGACAGAAGGGCAAAUAUGUAUUUGCUGAAAGGCUGUCAAAUACCAUUCAAAUGUCAUUGGAACCCAAUGAAACAGCACAAAAAAGAAAGCUGUCAAACUGUUCUCUGUAGUGAAGAGUUUGUUCAUCUUAAAACUUAGUAUGUACGGCAGUGAUACAUAAUGAAAAGGGCUAAAACAUCCAAAACAAGCUGUUAGUGAUCAAGGUAACAGUUUAACUCUGCAGAAACUUUGAUUAUUUUUAUUUUGAGCAGCAGCAAAUAGCACUGAUGAGUUUUAAUUUUCUUCACUUAAUGGAUAUAUAACAUAUAAUCCUUCAGGCGGUUUCCCUACAGUAAGGGCUUUGUUGGUUUCUUCAGAUAGGUGGGGUCUGACCACAAGAUGACUGACUGCGACCAUGGAGAUGAAAGGCAGAGAAAAAGCAUGGCGACGGCUUUGAUGAGGUUACAGAUCAGCUUUCCCAGGACAUUAGUGCUCUGUGUUGCAGCCGUGCAGACCCGCUACAGGAGAUGUUUCCAUUAUGUUCUCCUCAGUGUUUGCUUCUGCAAUGCUGGCUCGGUUAAGACUCACGGGCAUAAGCUGCCAUUGGUUUUGUGCCACGACACAGAGAGCGGUUUGGUUUAGGUGUGGGAACAAAGUGAACAAAAGAAGGAAAAAAAAUGCUCCGUGCUGUUUAAAGUGUUGGUUGAGUGUAUCUGGAGUCCCACGUGUGGACGUUGUACAAAUUUAGGAAAAAGGUGCAGACACGUCUGAACAUCAACUCCAACAGAAACUUCGCUUUGACAUUCAGAACUGAGUGUCGUCCGCUGGUCUGAAGUAGGGCGCUUUCAAGCUUUCUAUAUAUUCAACAUCUAUUAGGUUAUUGUUUAAGAAGUUGAGAGUGAAUUUUAAAAGAUUUUCAUUACAACAUGAACAAGAGGAUCAAACUGUAAACCGAACUAGAAGAAAACUCUGUACAGAAAUGCAUGUUUCCCAACCUGUUGGUGAAUUUCAGUGGAUUAGACUAACACAGAAGAAUGGAGCACAUUAUUGCAGGUUCUGCAGCCCCAGCUGGUAAUGACAUCUGACUGUAAAUUAUGAAGCAGGCCCAGCGGAUCAUAAAGAAGCCUUUAUUAUACCAAGCUGGAACUGGAGAAAGUGCUAAACAGGACUGGCGUCAAAUGGACUCUGGCCAGUGGGAUUUGAGUGACUUUGUGAGGCAGUAAAUUGUGAUUUGUUCUUAAAAUGUUAAACGAACACAGCUACUUCCAUCUCUAUUUAACUUCCUUCUUUGUGCUAUUUAUUAUUUUAAUCUGGUGUGAGACUACUUCUUUGAGGAGUUGUGAUACUUUUUUGACAUGAGUGUCUUUGUUGUUCUGUCUUUGUACGUAUGUCUGACGUCCAAUUGUUACCAGUUGAUGUACCUUCCCACAUUCACCAGUGGAAGUGUUUUUAUUUUCGUUUUUUGAAUCUUGUCUUUCGUAUUGGCAUCGAAAGGAAGUGCUGCUUCAGUCUGAGGCAGUGGGAACUAAAUGUGCAUUUAAAAUAUGAUAUUUUUUCUGCUUGUCUUCUCGUUGUUGACGUUUCCCAGAACACUGGAUGCAGACUAAAAGUUCCAACAUCAAGCCUGAGCUCAACAGUACUGCUGUUGUGUGUGGCUCACAUUGCAUGAGUUCUAGUUAAAUCAUAGAGAGAGAAAGGUGUAGCUAAAGGACAGAGGGAAAACUUACUAAAUUAAAACUUAAUCGAAUUUUAUAUGCUAUACUGGAAGAACGAGCAUUACAUGCAUGGUUAAGCCCAAUAAUAACAGCCUCAAAGUUUUCCCUUAUUUAAUAUCAUCCAGCAGUGGUGAUACUGAGCACACAUUACUGACGGUAAUAUAUACCAUGAUCCUGCUGGAUCCCAGUCUCUUUGCUGUAUGCUUCGUCUCUCUAUGUGGGUUAGGAUCUGUGUGUCUUUUUGUGUGUUUGACAUUAAUGGGAUCAGAUUUAGAGUAGCUGACAGGGCUGUGUCAAUAAAUCUUCCAAACGUGGAACUCUGCAAUAUAUUCGAGAUAUUUUUUUGAUGCUAUAAGAAGAAUGUAGCAUCAACACAAAGCACAGAGAGCCCACAGAUAAUUAAUAUGGGUUUGGCUUCUUGGUGUCUUGGCUCUUUGCUUCUUGGCUCGGGCCACAUGAAAGAAGUCACAGCACUGAACUAAUUCUGAGUUUAGUUUAUAAGGGAACGUGCGACACUGAGCAGCUGUCCAAGUGUCACGCAGCCAAUUCUUAAAAAUGAAAGUGUGUGUGAGAGUGUAACGCUGCAGCUGUAAUCUAAAAUGAAAUCAGGAUUUGGCCUGUUGUUAAGCUGCUGUUUAAAGUCGUUUAGAGUCGAAUAGCUUACUGCUAAAUUAUUUUGAUUGGUCACACAGCUGGUUUUCUAGCAGAUUUUCUGUGCUCAUGAAAAUUGGAAAUAUUUCCCUGAAAUAUGUCCAGAGCAAGCAAAUAAUCAUCAUAACAUAACAGGACUAAAGCUUUGAUUAAUUCAAUUUCAAUUUAGUUGUAGCUAAAGUGCCAAAUCAGCAUAACAAUUGCCUCAAGGCACUCUAUAUUCUAAUGUAACGAUUCAAUAAUAAUAGAGAGAAAAUCUCGACAGUGGGACAACCCUCUGUGAUCAAGCACCUGGUGACAGUGGCAAGGAAAAACUCUUUUAAUAGGAAGAAACCUCUGGCAGAACCAGGCUCAGGCAGCGGCGACCGGUUGGGGGAGUGAGGGAAGGAAGACAGCAUAAAAGUCGUGCUGUAGAAGAGGGCCAGAGAUUGUAGCUUUCUCGUCACAUAAUAUUGUAUCAUUUAUCAGUUAUCAUACUGCCGCUGAAGCUGCUGAAUGCUAACACUACAAUCACUUAUGUAUUCUAUCACAGAUUUAAAGCUCUUCUAAUUAGCCAUUGUUGUGCACGCCCGUUGUUAAGAAAACAUGCAGGAUUUCUGCCCAAAUGGCUAUCCAUUACUGCAAAAGAAACUACGAUAGAAUCACAAAUCACAAUACAUAACAGCAUUUAAUAGAGCUGAGCAAUUGAACCAUAAUCAGGUCAACUGAAGCAAGUGCCACUAGCUAGCUAGUUUAGCUUAGCAUAAAGGUUAAAAAAUAGUGGCAGUGCAGCUAGCCUCUCAAACUGCAGUUUGUUAUAUGGACAUUUUACCCCAGAGACCCAUGCAGAUCAUAAAUAUAGGCUCGAAUUCUACUCAAUAAGAAGACACACCCUCAGUCUAACAAAGCAAAGCUUUCAACUCUAUUUUUCUUGCUAAUUUUGACUGCUCUUCGGGUUAUUUGAAUUACUAUUCAAGAGAUCCAGAAACAUUAAAAAGAUAAACCUAACUAUGCUUGUAAUGACCCUGCCUUGUGGAUAUUGUGUGUAUAUAUAUAUAUAUGAAUGUGUAACGUGUAUAUUUUAUGUCGGAUCCCAGCUCUGCUGAAAGUUCUCUGCAGAACUCCAACGAGACAUUUUUAUGGAGGACCAUCUUAAACAUUUAAUGCUUUUCCUGUAAGACGAGGUGCAGAGCUGCUCCUCGUUCAUUACAAUGGCCUCACUCUGUUAUGCUGUAUUUACAUCUGAGUGCCAACAUUCGUCUCUUGUGAUUUUCCAGAACGACUUCUCUGCAGACAAAAUGAAACUGUCAUCACAUGAUCUCCUCUCAUGUGCAGAGACUUUGUUUUUCUUUUUGUAAAUAUGUAUAAAGGUCUGCUUUCAAAUGA